CUUCCGACAUGUCGAUUAACGGUUCCUACAAAUCAGCAAAAGCGAUGGUGAGUUGGGAAAGGGUGUCCAGUAGUGUUCUUGAUUUUCUUCAUUUUCCUCUGAGAUUGGAUUUUCGCGGUGGCCAUGACGGUGGACGACGAUAGCUCGAUAUACGUCGGCGGUCUUCCUUACGACGCAACAGAGGAUAGUUUGCGCAGAAUCUUCGAUUUGUACGGCGCCGUCGUCGCUGUUAAGAUUAUCAAUGAUCGUAGUACUAGGGGAAAGUGCUAUGGCUUUGUUACCUUUACAAAUCCUCGAUCUGCUAUUGAUGCCAUCAAAGACAUGGAUGGAAGGAGUAUUGAAGGGCGGGUCGUCAGAGUUAAUGGAGUGAAGAGUAGAAGUGGUGGAAGGUUUGGUAGAGAAGGUAAUCGGUUCGAUGUAGAGAGGGACGUGAGUUGGGAGAGGGAUAGAGAUCGAGGGAGGGAUUAUGAUCAUGAUAGGUAUCGUCAUAGAGGUAGAAAUAAUGACUGGUCUAGAGAUCGUGAUCGGUCUCGAGAACAUGAUCUUGACAAGGAAAGAGGAUAUGAGCAUUCACAAGAUCAUGAUCCACCAAAGGAUAAAUUAUUGGAUAGGGAUCCAGAAUUGGAAAAAUCUUCAAAGGAUAAUGAGAAGGUACAUGACUUGAAGUUGAACCACGAUCAAGAUUCGGAAAAAAACCAUGGUGCAGAUUGGAUUGGAGGUGGAGGCAUUGAUAAUGCUGAUGAUUAUGAGAAAAGCCUUGACAAUGAUAGAAAUCAACUCUCAAGGAGAGAUAACGGUCUUACAAGUGAAGGUCGAACUGCUCGGGAUCUUUCAUCUGAUUCUAGUGAUGAUUAUAUCCAUGAAUUAAAGGAACAACUGGAGAUAUCUACAGAAAGAUUGGAAGAACUUAGAAAAGAGGUUUCUCAAAUAGAGGAGAGGUCUGGAGAGAAAGAAAAACUUGUGAUUGAGUUGCAAAAGAAAGCCAAGAAACUGGAAGAUGCAUUGAUCAGUGCAAAGAAGCGCUCUUCAUUCCGUCAGAUGCAACUGACCAAGCUCCAUAAAAGCUUUCUUCUGGUGAAAGAUUAUUCUGAGAGACUUAAAACCAGUGAACAAGAACUUCAGGCUCUGGUUGAAUCAACUGCCAUAGAGAGUGAUGUUGGAUGAAGUAUGAAGUUUCAGCCUAUUGCAAUUCCAUGUCAUAAGUCGAAGAGGCUGCAUUGUGCUAUUUCAUUGGCAUGAAACUAUUCACCGUGGUCAGGGUAUUCGUGGACUUCUGUUCAUACUGAUGAUAAAUUGUGAUGUAGAAUUCGUUUGUAACCUAACUUUUCCCAAGAUUAAGCUAGCUGUCCAUUUAUUUCAUGGUACUUUCACAAUCAAGUAUGCACAUGUUUACUCACUAUUAGCAUCUUCAGAGGUUCAUUUCACUUUUGUCAAGUUAGGUAGGUAAAGAUAUAUUGAAACAUUAAUUCUAACAUCCAAGUAGUUUUUCCAGCUUGCCUGAAAUUCCUUCCGAUGAAUGGAAUUUCAAAGUUUAGGUUGUAAUUCUUUUCUCAAACUGAAUUCCAUAUUGGUAUAUUAUUAAAUUUCUUCCCCUCUUA